AUGGAAAGGCACGGCAUGAGCACAACAACCAUCGGAAUCCACGAACUCGCAGAAGAACUCGGAGUCUCACACUCCACCAUCCUGAAGAGCCGCAAAAAAAGGGCACCCCCUCUACAUCAAAGGCUUCAAGAUCGGCGACUCCGACAACUCACCCCUGCGAUGGUUCCGCGACGACGUAGACGCCUACAUCGAAUCCAAACGACACCAGGCCACCGCAUGAACCGACCCGCAAUCCUGCGGACGAUGAUCGCCACACCCUGGGGACACUUCUCCCCAGGGUUGGAGGUCACCGCAGUCGCCAUCAACGGCCCCACCGUCACCGUCUGCCUCGACAACAACUAUCACCCAACCGGCACAUGCCACUAUGCCGGCGUCCCACGAAACCACCUCACCAUCGCACACGACAGACAACACCAGGCGGCA